AUAUACAGAUUCAGUCUUCUUUUUAAGUAUUGUCUUCCUUACCUUUUUCUCUCGAUUGUUUGUUCUUCAAUAUGAGGAGAAACUGUAACCUUACACUCCGCCUUGUGCCGCCAUCGCCACAUUCCGACCACCGUCAACAACACCCACCCAUUGACGGAGUGGAUUUAUCGUCUAAGGAUCGGAAUCAGAACCAGAAUCAGAAUCAGAAUCAACAGCUGACGAUUUUUUACGGUGGGAGGGUUAGUGUUUGCGAUGUUACAGACACCCAGGCAAGGGCAAUAAUAAAGGUAGCAAGUGAAGAGAUAGAGGAGAAAUGGAGAAGUAGAACACCAGGUUCACCAUUGUUGCCAUCUCCAAGUGGGCUUUCCAUGAAGAUGUCCUUACAAAGCUUUCUUCAAAAGAGAAAGCAUAGGAUUCAAGCAACUUCUCCGUACCAUCAUUAGAAGUGCGGUUUCACGCAUGUUUUCGAACACUUGUAAAUUAGGUAUCGAUGGUAGCCAGAAAGUAUUGAAUUUGAAUCUUUAGGUUAUUUUUUGUUCGACAAAUUGCCAUGUACGUAUAUCAACGAAUAGAAGGCAAAAUCUAAUGUAUGUAUAUAGAUGCAGUAUUUUAGUAAUUCAAAAAUAAGGUGGAACGUGUAUGGAAAUCAUCUUCGAUCCUUUUGAUCGUUGUUUCGGGAUCA